AUGGCGAUGAGAAAAAGAAGUGGCUCUGGAUCAAAGAGACACUUAAAAGAGAAGGUUGUACAAAUUUAUGAAUCGUUCUUUCGAGGAGAGGACUUAACGACUGAUAACCCUACUUUUUGGGAUGAAUUCUUUCUUCUGAAGCCAAAAAUACCACAGCUGGAAGCAGAAAUACACAAACUGUCCACAGAACAGCUGAUAAACAUGAAAGAAAGUAUGAAUAUAUUGGUUGAACAGUGUAUAGAAAUGUUGAGACAAGACCAUCAUAUAAGGUUGCUUUAUGCUUUACAAACAUUAAGUGCAUUACUCAUUACUAUGUAUCAAAGACUUGAACCGGAUUCAAACAUAAACAUCAAAACUAUAAUGAUUGGGCAAGAGAAUGCUGAUACUAAAAUGGUGAAAUUAUUUGAACAAUGCAGUAUUAUACUAUCAGGUGAUGUUCAUGAGAGCUUAAAGUCAAUGGUUCUGAAGCUCUUGCUUAUUAUAGCAACUGGAAUAGAAAAUAUAGAUGAGAAUCCUUUUGUGGAGUAUUUCAUGUCAAACUGUUUGUUUGAGCCAUUGAUACAGCUGCUUUGUACCACUACAGAAAGGCAACAGCAUGGUUAUGAUGUAGUUAUGUUACUGAUGUUUUUGAUAAACUAUAAGAAGCAUGAAUCAACAAAUCCAUAUGUUGUUAAACUUUCUAUAUUAGAUGAUGAACUGGCUUUGAAUGGCUAUGGCCAAGUAAUAACGACAGCUUUGAAUGACUAUGUAAUGUCAGCAUUCGGUGGUAUGCAAGGCAACGGGGGUGGAGGUGGUUGGUUGUCAUCUCUAACUAGUAUGGUUGGGGGUAUAUUCCUAACAAAUGAUGAACAACAACCUUUAGCCAGGGGACAAAGGAACAAUGGCGCCGAAGAAGGAAUGCUCCUGGCUAUGUAUGAGGCUUCGCAUUUAAAUCGGAAUUUUAUGACGACUUUGGCACAUUCGUCUUCAACGACGGCGUCGUCAGCGCCACCAUCGCCCCCAGCAACGUUACCGCCUCACCAGAGUCCACCGAACCUCGCUCAAAUACAAGCCCUGGACAAUGAUCAACCAACGAAUUUACUAGUCACAUUCUUUCAGUAUUGUUCAAUCAUAAUGGCGGACACGAGGAGCGAAAGUAGUAUUAACAAAUGCAGUCUCUGUUUUAUCACUUUAACGUGCAUCGUGGAGGACCAAUUUGCUAAUUCAAUUAUGCACGACCAAAACCUCACUUUUAAGGUACAAUUAUAUAGACUUCCGAUGCGUCAUAGGAAAAUAGUUCUUGAGGAACCACCGUCACAACCGUUGGCGUCUACUUUAAUAGAUCUUUUAGUCGAGUUCAUAAUGUGUCACCUGCUGAAGAAGUUCCCCGGCGAACUGUACAGCCUGUGCGUGGGCGUGCUUCUCCGGCUGCUGAGCUACCAGAAGCGGUGCAAGGUUCGUCUGGCGCGAGACUGGCGCCCUCUGUGGGCCGCGCUCAUAGCGCUGCUCAAGUUCUUGGUCACCAAUGAAACGGCGUUACUGAAGCGACACAAUAUCUUCAUAAUGGCACAACAGGUGGUGAACAUUUUCAACUUAUUUAUAACAUUGGGCGACACGUUCCUACCCACUCCGGCAUCGUACGAUCAAUUAUACUACGAGCUAAUUAGAAUGCAUCAAGUUUUCGAUAAUCUAUUUUAUAUGGCUCUGCGGUACUCCACCGGCGACGGCGAAUAUAAAGCCGAAGCUUUGCGACUGGCCAAUUGCUUAGUGAACGUGCGCGCCAUCAUCCAGCACUUCUCCGUGAAGAUAGAAGCGUGGCUCGACCAACAGAAUCUGUCGACUCCCUCCGAGGAGCAGAUACUGGAAGUGGUACGCAAGAACUACGACAGCCUGAUACUGAAGCUACAGAAGGGACUCGAGAGCUAUGAACGCUAUUCGGAACAAGAGCACUGGCCGCUGCUGGCGAGGACGGUGCGGGCGGCGCGGAGGCGGGGGGACGCCAGCGCGCUGCAGCAGCACUCCGCCGCCGCGCUCCACCACUACACUGCCGCCCCGUGAUGAGCCCCGGGACACUCCCCGCCCGGUCAGACGCUAACGUAAUCGGGAGCUCUAUUUAACUGGUCACCGGUGUCCUACGUGGCGUACUGAAGUAAUUAUCUCGACUAACCUUAACCAAUAGGUGAGCUCACGGGGCACAAACCUGACGAUGUUGCUAACACGAACCUUACGGAAUCGGAUCGGCAACGCGACCCACUGAGAAGAUCCGGCGAGAAACUCAGUGAGCUGUGUCUAUGGGGAAACAUAUUAUUGUGGUUUAAAGUAAAACUAAAUUUAUCUAAAACAUUAAUGAACUUUAUCGUGAAAGUUGUAAUAAAUUUAAUUUAAUAUAGCAAAUAAUAAAUAAUGAGGUCAGUGUGUCAAUCAAAUAGAAUAAUUUAACUUUGAUAGUAGGUGUGUUUUACUUGUCGAAGAUUGAUUAUUUCACUCACAUUAUCAUCAAAAUGCGAUAAUAAUGUAUUUGGUUGAUUCAAUGUAUAGGUUCUAUUUAUAAAUCGGGUUGGACAAUCGACUCAAAACGCUACUUACAGGUUUCGUUCUGCUGUGACGUCACAAGUCUGUGAGGCUAAUGGAGAAGACAAAAAAUCUCUUAUUUUUCAAAUUUGUCGUUAAAACAGCAUAAUGCGGCUAAAUGCAAACUUCAUUUUAUGUGACGUCAUUCGGGGCCAUAUCACGAGCUAAUCAUAGAAUAUACAUUAAAAUACAUCAGUUUCUAGGUAAAAUAUAAAAAAUAUAUAUACAUAGUUGUUUUAAAAUAUAUUUACCAUUAAUAUUUUACAAAUUGCAUUUG